AUGACAAAUAUGGACAUCUCUACAGUUGUGACUUCUAUCCUGGCUGCCUUUGGCAAUGGGAGGGAUCUUUUCAAGAACAUGCAAAAAAAGCAACAGCUGAAGCGACGAGGAACAGAUAAAGCCAAACGAGAUCAGAAAACCCACGGCAUUCGAAAUAAAAAAAGAAGAAAUACAAACAAUGUCGCAGUUACUGUUCGAAACGAAGAUAUCGAUGAUGUUCGCAUCGAGGCAUCGCUGGAACGGGGCCCCGCUGAAAUCAGGGGGGAGUAUGAGAAGAGCGUGCGCCAGUUGGGUGAACGAUUCAGAAAAGGAGAUGAACUCGCCCAAGGAUCUCUGGCGCAUACGCUUUUAAUACUAAAUGCCGGUUUAAUGAAACUCAUAGCAUCAUGUUUAUCCAACGAUGCACCGGGACGCAACAGUGGAGGAGCUGUCGAUCGACGUUCCCUACUUACCCUCUCUGAUUCCGCUGCAGUAGAUGCAAUACGUGCCCUUGACGAGCUUCGACAACGCCUUUUAAAUUUAUCCACACCAGCACCAAAUCCAGUGUUGACACCCUUGACUCAGAAGGGCAGACAACGGAGCAGAUCAGUGUCCCGACAGAGAUCGAAUACGGUACUGGAGAAGAAACCUGGUGAUAAAAAUCGAUCUCAAAGCGCGACAAGGUCAGGAGCAGGGGCACGAGGCCAGGAGAAUAUUGGUGGAACAUCGCCGAAACCACCAACAAGAACGGAGACUAGCAACCAAACUUUCAGGGGCAUGUGGGUUCGGUCAAAAAAAGGCUCCUCGAUAUCCCUAGCGACAACAGCAGUUCUAAGCCAGCACCCAGCUCAGCAAGCUCCGAAGAAGCUGACAAACAUGAUAAAACAAUGCGAGAUGGAGCAUAACCAAGACCACCCGGCUUUUGUCCACCUCCAGCAGCCUGCGCAACAGCCAAAUGCUGACCUAGCCUUCCCACAGUAUGGAAGGUCAGAGCCCAGGGGACCAGCACCGCCCAUUCGCCCAACAAUGUUACACUGUAGAAGGACAUUAGGAUCUACUGCUUCAGGGGUGCUCCAGAAGGAGAUGCAGCCACUCUCGCCGCUGGUUCCCUUAUCACAGAAUCUGCAGCUGCCACAUGGGAGAACAGCAACCAGAGCAGGUCCAGUAGUCUCAUCCUCGUCAUCCAUAUCAUCUGGAAGCACGAAACUGGGUGAAAUACCGAAUCGCAGGCAGCUUGCGCAGCCCACGUCUCUUUUGCAGCCACAAAAUUCCCGGACGAUGGGGCCAGUUGUUGAAGUUGGAUAUCAACGGCCUAGAGUUACGCUUACUGCCGGAGUGAAUUACUGGAGGAAGUUGGCAGCCGAUGCUAAUGCUCGGGAAGGGAGUAAUGCUCGAAGAUGA